AUGUGUAUUUUCUUAUCCAUAGCCAGUAAUAUUAUAUUAUUUUUAUCGCUAAAAUCCUUUACAUACAUUGCUUGUUUCCAUUCCAGAAUUUUCAUGGAACAACCCCUAGCCUUCCAUGGCAACGUAACUUCUAAUAUCCCUUUUAUCAACCCAAAUAAUUUAAAUAAAGAUAAAUAUAUGAAUAAAACCCAGGAAUUUUCCCUGAACCAAGAGCAGGCAGAUGAUCUGUAUGAAGAUUUUUAUUCUAGCGGCCAUGACAACUCAAAAACUAUUCUGACUGGCAUAGAAACACACGUACAACUAGCAUCUCCAUACAAGGCAUUCUGUUCGUGCAGAAGUAUCGCUUCACCCCUAACUACCCUGAACGCGACUGAAAACCCAGAUCUAUAUAAAACGCUGCCAGCCGAUAACAGAAGGAAAGUGUACAAUGGUUUUAAAAAGGUGCUGGAGGAUAUACAGUCAAAUUAUAAACCUUCAAUAACUGCCUCAAAGACACAUUAUGACCCUACCUCACCCAUGAACUUUGAACAGUACGCGAAGUUUUAUUACGACUCGAAAGAGUUCAAAGCGUACGGAGAUGUUGACGAAAAGACCCUUAACGAAAUGCUGCUGAAAGAAAAUGAGUAUACCUGUCCAGUAUGUAAAGGAGAAGUGGGAGCGACUCCACACAUAUCUCCCAUGUCGUUUUUGUACGCCGUAGGAGUCUGUAAAGUUUUCAACUGUAAGAUAUCUAAUGAAGUAUCAUUUGAUCGCAAAUGUUAUGAAUACUUUGACUUGCCAAAGGGCUACCAAAUCACCCAAACCUUGAACCCACUUGGCAGAGACGGAAGCAUAACGUUAAGCACUGGAAAGGUUGUUAAGAUAUCGAAAAUCCAAUUUGAAGAGGAUACAGCCAGGAGAGUGGAUGUACAUGGUACAACAAAAAGCCUUGAUUUCAAUAGAAGCGGAAUCGCCCUAGCUGAAGUGGUCACUGCUCCACUUGAGUUGACAAGGUCUGAAAUACUGGAGACCUGCAAAAAGACUUAUGAAUUGAUUUUUUUAAAUGGCCUAUCAAACGGUAAUAGGUUUAGAGGAAACUUUAGAUUUGAUAUAAAUUUAUCUCGCCCUGAUGGUUCGAACCGUGUGGAGAUUAAGAAUUUGAAUUCUUUUGUGACAAUCAACAAGGCUGUUAAUGAUUACGAUCCUGAAAAGGAGUACACCUUUAAUUCUGAGAGCUUUAGUAAUCCUAGUGUUUUAAAUCAAUUGGUGAGUGAAGAAAAAAGAAACCCCGAAAAUAAAGGUGGAUCAAUCCUAGAAACUAUCAAAAACGUGUUUCUAUCAAUUUUGAAAAACAUUCCAGAUGGCCAUAAAUACACACCCAUGGGGACCACUCUUAAGUGGAAUAAGUACAAAGGCCUGGAGCCAACUAGAAACAAGUUACCCUCAGACUCUUAUGGAAACUAUUUUGAGCCAAAUAUUCCAGUAAUAUACCAGAGUCCCGAUUUGAUAAAGAGAAUAACGGAUUGUCUCCCUAAAAGUCUCAAGGGGCUCGAAUCACUUCUGGAAAAGUAUCCAGAGGUGAACAAGGAGCUUUUGAAGGAGAUUUACAAGUAUGCUUCAUGGACAGAAUAUUAUGAUAAAUUGUGCACUUAUUUAGAUUCAAGAGUAGCUGCAAAUCACUUUGUAAACCUCUUGCUUCCCCUGGUCAAGUCUACAAACAAGCUCUUAAUGCCACCCGAAAGGUUCUCAGAACUUUUAAAACUGGUUUUGAACUACAAGUUGAAUUUAUCAGAUCUUGAGGAAGAGUUACCAAACCUAUUGGAUUAUACAGGCUCUUUUGAGGAGUAUUUCAGGUCAAAGAACUUGCUUUUGUACGAUUUGGAUAAAACAAAGAAACUCAUCGACGAAUACCUCAAGAAGCAUCCUCUAGACUAUUCAAUGUCAAAGUAUGUAGUUAUCUAUACACUAAAUAUUAUUUAG